AUGAGUGUGUCGGUAGUUCCGAACGAUGCAGCUCCGCUGUCAUCGAGCGCAGCUGAAGUGACAUCAGCCGCGCCGACACACGUUGACGCCGCAACGUUUGCAGCGGUGGAACAAGCGACCGGUUUAGAUGCGCAUCCUCCCCCCUCCAGGCAGGCCGUCACCGGCCUGACGCCCGAACAGGUAUUGCAGGAGCUGAGAAACAGUGGCUAUAUCGAUCAGCUCCGUCGUCAGAUGAUAGAAGCCUUCAACGCCGCUGGUCCUGCUUCGGCGCGUCCGCCCAAUGCAGCCCCACCCUCCGCAGCAGUUCAACCGGCCUCUGCAGAUCCUAGCAAGUCGGACAGCACUCAGCCCGCGUCAAUCAGUGCGGUCCAGGCAGAAUCAGCUUCGGCACCAACUAUCUCGGCUUCGACAGCAACAGCUUUGUCCUCGAUGCCGGCGCCCUCUGCGGCGUUCCCACCAUCUGCACCCAAAGCGGGAAUGGAGCUUGGCUCCAAAGCUGCGUUCCUGGCGACACUCGCCGAGCCGCUCAAGCAACAGGUGGAGAAGGAGCACGACCGGCUACGCUUCCUCGCACCACGCGAGCAACAGGACAAACUGCUCCAGCUGCUCGAGUCCGAACCGGUCGCGCACCCGCAGCGCGAAUCGCACGGCGAAGCGUCGCUCUUCGACCUGCUCGUCCGCCACAUUGUCGCCGGCGCCGCGGAACCGGACGCUACCGCAGGCGUGCUCAGUCCCGACGGCCGUCUUGGCAAACAGGCCGCAGGCAGGAUCGCAGAAACCAUCGCAGAGCUGCUCCACCCAGCAAGCAAGGAUGCGGACGAAGCCGACGACGAUGAAGAAGACGCGGACGAUGAUGGCGACGAUGAAGAAGACGCCGAGCAGAUCCGCUUGCUCACCAGCAGACCACCCGGACCCACAUCUCCCGCUGCAGCCACAUCGGAUCCAACACCACAGCCAGCACACGGAUCAGCUUGA